AUGGUGGCUGCUGCUUUGGCAAUAAUACUGGAGAAAUCACUCUCUUCUAUUAGGGAACCUUACAAGGCUUUAUUCAUAUAUGGCCCCAAAUUCGGGGCAAUUGGCGUUGGUAGCAUGAUUUGGAUUACAGAGAAUUCACGGAGUAUAAUCAAAUUCAGCAGUAAUUUUGGCAGUAUAGUAAUUAUUAUUAAUUCACUCCAGAGUAGGAGGCGUCGUUCUUGCCGCUUUCGGAAACUUGCCCCACGUAGGUUCCAUUUAGCGCAUCGAUCGGGCGGCCCCACUCUUCCGCCCCCAUCCAACAACCAAACUUCAACCAGUACGCAGUUCUCCAUACAUCAGGCUCAAUCUACAGCACUAUGGACUAAGAUAUUUGGCCAUCUGCUGCACCCAGGCAUUGAUUCUUUUAGCGAAAACCUGAAGGUUGCCGAUCUUGGCGCCGGCACUGGAUCUUACACUACCGCACCGCUCGACGGAUUCGAUGUGGAUACCCGCCUAAAGAAUGGCUCCAAGCCAUGUAAAUAUCCGAAAUUGAGACAUCUUCACGAAGAGCCCGGAGGAAGGAUUCAGUUGAUUGAGCCAGACAUUCCUUCGAUGCGGAUUAUGAAGACCAACCCCUCGAAUAGUAACGGAGCUGUGCAGCCGCUAUUCAGCACAUGGUGCACAGACGAAGAGAUAUCGUCCCUGACUUCCAGCAGCAUCCUUCCAGUUGCCAUGGCCUCUUUGCCCACAAUUGUCCUAGUGCACGGCGCCUGGCACACCCCGCAAAACUACCAGAGCUAUAUCGACGCGCUGAAGGCGAAGGGAUUCACCGUGCACUGUCCGCAACUGCCUAGCUGCAGCGGCGCAUCCCCUUCCAAGGCCUCUCUGCCCGAAGAUGUCGCCUGCGUGCGCGACGUCGUCACACGUCUCGCCGACGCGGGCGAGCGUGUCCUGAUGCUCAUGCAUUCCUACGGCGGGGCGGUCGGCACCGACGCCGUCGAGGGUCUGGCCUUCUCCGAGCGCAAAGCUGCCGGCCUGCCGGGGGGAGUCGUCCACUUGCUGUACCUGUGCGCGUACAUCCUGCCGCCCGGCAGCACGGUCUUCGGCGUCUUCGAAGAAGCCGGCGUCGCGCACCUGUGGCCCGAGUUCGUGGACAAUGCCGAAGACGGGUCUACUUUCCCCAGGGACCCGGUGCUGCUGUUGCUCAACGGCAUCGACGACAAGGAGGUGGUGGACAGGGCGCUGUCGCACCUGGUGCGCGCGCCCAUGUCGAUCUUUACCACGGCGACCAAGGGCAGCGCGUGGAGGAUCGUGCCGGCGACGUAUAUCCAUACGCAGCAGGACUACGCGGUGGGCCGGCCGUAUCAGGAUCUCAUGUUGGAGAAGGUGAGGAAGGAGGGGGUGACGCUGCGGACGGAGGAGUAUGAUGCGAACCAUAGUAUUUUCAUUACGAAGCAGGAGGAGAUGGUCCAGGCGGCGUUGAAGGCGGCCGCAGACGAGAGAAACCCGAAGUGA